CACAAAAAGGAAGUAGUUUCCAUUGGGACGCUACUGGCCUCUAGUUGUAUUUACAUCUUCGCUUUAUGAUCCCCCAAAAUGGCUUCUGUAAGGGUCGGAUUUCGGUCUUAGUUCCGAUACGAUUUCACUUAGGAUCACCUUGUUGUGUAUGCAAUGAAUAAUUAACAACUACAUAUAUCAAUAAUUGUCAUUGCUCAGUUAAUCUGGUAGUGCCUACUUAUGUUUUGUGAGACAGAAUAGCAUGUUGCGUCGUGUGCAGUUGAGAGAAACGUCCACCCACUUAACUGCUGUGCAGUGAUGAAAAUAAGAAAUCUGAAACGGCAAGAGUAAGGAAAGAAUUUCUUUAGUAGCACCUCCAUAGUGCUUAACGCUAUGUGAUUACGCCGUACAGUGGCUAGAGUGAGUGAGAGAGAGAGACAGACUCAUAUCACCAGUCCUGCCAUGUCUUCCAGUACAGAAGCCGUGCAUUACAUUCACUUACAUAACUCAAGCCAGUCUGUUUUAGAGGCCUUGCGGUCACAGCGCCAGGAAGGUCUUUUCUGUGAUGUAACAGUCCGUAUCCAUGAUGCAUCUCUACGGGCACAUGCUUGUGUUCUGGCAGCUGGCAGUCCCUUCUUCCAAGACAAACUGCUUUUAGGUCACUCAGAGAUCUCAGUGCCCCCCCUGGUGCCAGCAGAAACCAUUAAGCAACUUGUGGAUUUUAUGUACAGUGGUUCACUGGUGGUACUGCAGUCUCAAGCACUCUGCAUACUAACUGCUGCAAGUAUUUUGCAAAUUAAGACAGUCAUUGAUGAAUGCACCCAAAUUAUUUCUCAGAAAGCUGGGGGGAUUGUGUCUGGUGCUGCAGGGGUUCUACCUAAGCAUGAGGAAAAAAGAUCAAAAGUUAGGGAAAAAGGAGGAGGUUUCCAGAAUUUCUCAAAUUAUGCAACUGGAGACUCAGCAUCAGGAAACCUCAGCAUAAGCAACAGUCACAGUGUUAAUGUGAACAAGAACGGGGCCAGUAAUCUUGAACAGGCUAGACAGUUUGGAGAAAUUCAACUUAAUUCUGUGUGCGAAUCAGGAAAUUUGAGCUCUGAAGCGAGUCCGGCUCAGUUGAAACCAGAAUCUGGUUGUGCUCAAGAUGUCAGAUACAAAUUAAGAGACUUUUUAGAGAUUAGCAACAGUAAUAGCAGUGUACAUGUCAACACUGCUUCUAACAGUGAUGAAAUUAGUGGAGAAAAUAUACAGGAGACCCUUUUGGAAGUAGACAAUGAGGAAACUGUCCCAGGGAUGGAGAAAUACAAUGAGGAGGAAGUGGAAGGGAGAGAGAGAGAGCGAGAUCGGGAUAAAGAACGUGGUGGAGGGCACAGUCGCAAGCAGAGACAACCACUGAGGUUACAGGUUCUUGGAGGAGAGGAUGUGAUGGUGAAAGAUGAAGGAUGGGUAGAAAGUAAUGGGGGGGUGCUCACAUAUGAGGAGGAAAGAAAGGGGCACGAGGCUACACAGGAACCUAUGGAAGGAGCGUACUAUGAAGAGGGGCCCAUGUUUUCUGAGCAUUUCUGGCCACAAACGGAGCAGGAGUCUGAGUAUCCUUCUGAAAAUAUACCAUUUAACUCCAGAGUAUGCAAGACGGUGUCUCCUCCAUCCUCUGCACAACCAAUUAACAAUCAGAUGCUUUUCCAGUACCAAAUGACCCAGCCUCAAUCACCAUCGUACUUUGUGCGUGGACCUAUGAUGAUUGACAGCAAGGCAGAACCAAACCUGCAAAUUCCAUCAACAACCCCAAUGACUCCUGCUACGUUGACAUCCUCUUCCUGUGCAGCAGGCCCCUCCCCAUCCUCUCAAGGCUCUGAAACAUCUUUCGAUUGCUCUCAUUGUGGGAAGAGUUUACGUUCCAGAAAAAAUUACAGCAAACAUAUGUUCAUACACUCUGGUCAGAAGCCCCACCAGUGCAGCAUUUGCUGGCGUUCGUUCUCCCUUCGAGACUACCUGCUCAAGCAUAUGGUGGUGCACACUGGCAUUCGGGCAUUCCAGUGCUCGGUCUGCGGGAAGCGUUUCACUCAGAAAAGUUCACUUAACGUGCACAUGCGUACACAUCGAGUAGAGCGCACCUUCUCCUGCGAAGUCUGCCAUCGAGCCUUCACUCACCGAACCCUGCUGGAACGCCAUGCGCUCCAGCACACUCAUAUCCUACCUCCCAAACCAAGCCCAUCUCAUGCUAUAUCCUGUGAUACUGUCAACUCCAUUGCCAGUGUGAACAUGUCCAGUGACACUGCUGAACCCUAGAAUGAUAUAUUCAGAGAUGGACAAGAGGAGGUGUCUAUGGUUAUAAAAAUGUGACUAUGUAGUCAUUUACCACAGAGGAUGUAAAACAACAGAUACAGACAGAGACGCCUCAUUUGCACAAAACUCCUGACUUGUAUGCCUGCAUGGUAUAUUUAAGGACUUGUCAUGUCACACCAAAAAUUGCUCAUUCUAUGUUAAAAUGUACAGCUCUAGUGACUUUUCCAUAUUACUCUAAACAAAACUUAUAGAUGAACCAACAGGAUUAGGAGAACCAGAUGUUUGUGUUUUAUGUUUUCUUGUUUUUUGCUGUAUUAGUUGCAUUAAUAGUUGUGACAGUAAUUUCUAUUAUAACACAAAUAAAAUUUGAACAAGCAGAUCAGUCUUAUUUUCCGUCAGACUUAUUUUCUCUUGCAUUAUUUAGUCUAGUUGAUAUUUGUAAGCAACAUCUUUUUACUAAUUUCAAUUAUAUCCAGUCUUUAAUUAGGUAAGUUACUGUAGUAAUCUAACAAGUUCUGUUUUCUCAUAACCUUGUAAACACAAAACUUAAACCCUUCCAGUUUUUAAAUUUGUACUGUUUAUUGAGCAUAUGCUUUGUGACAUGUAUUUUAUAUUUUUUUAUUAUAUACAAAUGAUAAUCACUAUUAUACAAUGAACCACCCUACAGUUUACAUUUCAGAUUGUUGUUGAAUAAACUGACGUAAUGAAUGAUAAAAAUAAACUAUU